AUGCUCAGCAGUCUCAUAUCGGCGGGAGUUCAAAGAUUGCUACCCCUGUUCAACAGCUGGCUGCCUGAACCAUGGGUUCUGGACUACAAAGAUGUUCUCGAAGCAAGAGCGCUACUGAAGGCGCUAGGUCUACCUAUGGAGCUGGCUCUCGAGAUACUUGACUACGCAGAGUACUGGCCGACACGCCAAUUUUCCAUUGAGGAAGAGCGCACGGUCAAAGUUGCUGCGACUAUGUUUCGAUCAAGCGCGGCAGGUCUCUGCCUCGACGCCGACAUCUUCAACGAUCCAAACGUUGACAGCCUUCGUGAGGGUGGUGAGAAAGUUAAAGUCAAAGCUAUCGAGUUUCACAUACGGAGUCGCGAUCAAGGAUGGACUUCGGAACCGACACGGGGGACGUUCAGCACAUCUUCUUGGCUCGAGACCUCCAUUUUGCGUGGCGUUGACGACUACAACACCAAGCUUCCGCCCUCGUGCUGGCUAGACAGUGUCUUUGAAUCGCCACAGUCGUUCCAACAGCACGUCACGCCGCGUGGCUGGCAGCUUACCAGGCGCCCUAAGUGUGCUGAGCAAGGACCUCAAGGAGGCGAAGGGGACCUGGCCUGGUAUCUUCAAGGCAACCGUGUUGCUACGCAGGGUCAUACGGAAGAGUAUCAUAUCCUCUGGACCCAUGAUGAUUAUGAGGGUAACGAAGGAUCUGGAAGAGGUGACGACUUCUUGAGCGAGCUAAAAGAGGGAGAUCGACUGCUCGUAUGGGCCAGAGCAAAGUGGCCUGGUUGGCAAUGCAUCGUCGAAAGUGUCAAUAUCACGGUAUACUAUGGCUUUUCAUAA